AAAAUUAAAUACAAAACAAAAAAGACAGAAAAUAUCAGCUCAGAAGAAGAACAACCACGUUACAUAUCAGAAUUCGUGAAAUCCCUGGAAUCAGAAGAAGAAUCUGAAGGAGAAGACUUAGACAAUAUUAGUGAAAAUGAGGAAGAGCAAGAAGAAGAAGAAGAAGAAGAAGAAGAAGAUAAUGAUGAUGAUGAUGAUGAUGAUGAUGAUGAUGAUGAUGAUGAUGAUGAUGACGAAGAAGAUAAUGAUGACAAGCCGAGAAAGAAAAAGAAAAGUAAAGCUGCUACCUUCAUCAUAGAUGAAGCUGAAGUAGACGAUGAUGUGGAGGAUGACGAUGAAUGGGAGGAAGGUGCGCAUGAAAUUGGUAUCGUGGGAAAUGAAGUGGAUGAAUUAGGACCAACUGCGCGUGAGAUUGAGAGACAACGUCGAGAUACGAAUCUUUGGAAUACACAAGAAGAGGAAAUUGAGGAGUACCUUCGGAAAAGAUAUAGCAACAAAUCGAUAGCCGCUGAUCGUUUUGGCGACGGCGGUGAAGAAAUGAGUGAGGAAAUCAUCCAGAAAACUUUGUUACCAGGCGUGAAAGAUCCAAAUUUGUGGAUGGUAAAAUGUCGAAUAGGAGAAGAAAAAGCCACAGUACUGUUAUUGAUGCGCAAGUUCAUCGCGUACCAGAAUUCAAAUGAACCUCUUCAAAUAAAAUCUGUUGUGGCACCGGAAGGAGUUAAGGGGUAUAUAUACAUAGAGGCUUAUAAGCAGUCGCAUGUAAAAGCUGCUAUUGAAAAUGUUGGAAGUCUCAGAAUGGGUACAUGGAAACAACAAAUGGUACCAAUUAAAGAGACGACAGAAGUGCUGCGAGUAGUUAAAGAACAAACCCAUUUAAAAUCUAAACAAUGGGUCCGUGUAAAACGAGGCAUUUAUAAAGAUGAUUUAGCUCAGAUUGAUUAUAUCGAUUUAGCACAAAAUCAAGUUCACUUGAAAUUGCUUCCGAGAAUCGAUUACUCUAGAUUUCGUGGCGCGUUGAGAACAGUGCAGAACGAAUCCGAUGUAUUGAAACGUAAGAAGAACAGGCAACCAGUAAAACCAUUUAAUCCUGAAGCAGUUCGUGCUAUUGGAGGAGAAGUUACCAAAAACGGAGAUUUCCAUAUUUUUGAAGGAAAUAGAUAUAGUCAUAAAGGGUUUCUUUACAAAAAUUUUUCCAUAAAUAACAUUAUAGCGGAGGGUGUUAAACCUACACUUUCCGAAUUAGAAAAAUUUGAAGAAACGCCGCAAGAUGUUGAAAUAGAUUCCAAUGAUACGUCAGGAUUUGGAAAAAAAAAUCAACUUCAUUCCUUCACUAAUGGAGAUAAUGUAAUAGUAUGCGAGGGUGAACUUAUAAAUCUACAGGGAAAAAUCAUUUCCAUAGAUGGGAACACAAUUAUGGUUAUGCCCAAACAUGAAGAACUUAACGAAGCUUUGGAAUUACAAGCUUCAGAAUUACGAAAAUAUUUUGCACAAGGCGACCACGUGAAGAUUACAGCAGGACGAUAUGAAGGCGACACAGGUUUAAUUGUUAGAGUAGAACAAAACAGAGUAGUUUUAUUCUCCGAUUUGACAAUGCACGAACUCGAGGUUCUACCGAGGAAUCUACAAUUGUGUUCUGACACGGCAACUGGUGUUGACAGCUUAGGUCAAUUCCAAUGGGGUGACUUGGUGCAGCUAGAUGCACAAACAAUUGGUGUUAUCGUUCGAUUGGAACGUGAAAAUUUCCAUGUCUUGUCUAUACAUGGGAAACUAAUCGAAGCAAGACCGCAAGCUCUUACAAAGCGUCGCGAAAGCAGAAAUACAAUGGCAUUGGACUCUCAACAGAACACUAUACAAAAAAAGGAUAUUGUUAAAGUAGUUGACGGACCGCAUGCCGGUCGAGGAGGUGAAAUUAAACACCUUUACAGAAGUUUUGCUUUUUUGCACUCAAGAAUAUUCAUCGACAACGGUGGAAUAUUUGUAUGCAAAACCAGACAUUUACAACUAUCCGGUGGAAAUAAAACAACUCCUAUCUCUAUACCACCAUUGCUAGGAUUUAUGUCACCUAAAAUUACCUCCCCGAUGCAUCCUAGUGGAGGUAGUUUUGGACAAAACAGCGGAGGUGGACGAGGCAAAGAUCGUAGUGGCAUUGAUGGUAUAGGACGAGAUCGAGAAUUAAUAGGAGUCACCGUCAAAAUAACAGGUGGACCUUAUAAAGGAAACGUGGGUAUUGUAAAAGAUGCGACGCAGACAACAGCACGAGUGGAACUACAUUCAACGUGCCACACCAUCUCGGUUGAUCGUUCUCAUAUAGCAACCGUUGGUGUUUCAACAAGAGAUGGUGGCUUCAGCAGCUACAACAGAACUCCGAUUUAUGGACCCGGUGGACAGACGCCGACGUAUUCGAAAGACGCAUCAAAAACACCUACGCAUGGUUUCCAGACGCCUGUAUACGAACAUGGUUCUCGUACUCCACAUUACGCCGGUUCGAUGACACCAUCUCACGAUGGCUCACGAACACCAGGUCAGUCUGGAGCUUGGGAUCCAACGGUUACUAAUACACCUGCUAGAACGAAUGAUUUUGAUGAAUAUAACAUGGAGGAGGGUAGCUCACCUGGUUAUCCUCCCGAAUAUGCUCCUGAAAGGCCAUUUAUUUCACAGACUCCGGGCACUAUGUACGGCUCGGAACAAAUCUACGGUUCGUGUCAUUCGAGUCCUAUAGAAAGUUCUACUGUGAACUCAAAUCAUGAGAGCUACUGUGCUACUCCGUCCUCAAUGAGUACUGAAUACGUCAACAGUUCAUAUAAUGCGUUUUCGAUGCCUUCUCCAAAAGAUUACACACCUAAUAGUCCAUAUAAUCCACUAACACCUCAUUUAGGAAUGGAUGCAAAUGACGAUUCAGAUUGGUAUACAACGGAUAUUGAAGUUCGCAUUCGCGAUACCCAUGAUGAUCCUGCCCUCGUUGGACAACAAGGAGUCAUCCGACAUGUUUCAGGUGGUAUAUGCACUGUUUAUCUACCUACGGAAGAUCGAGCAGUGAGCAUAGUGUGUGGACAAUUAGAAUUUGUAGUACCGUCACGUGGCGAUCGAGUUAAAGUGAUUCUUGGUGAAGAAGACCGUGAAGCCGUCGGCACUUUACUUUCGAUCGACAAUCAAGAGGGAGUGGUAAAGCUCACUACGGACGAGAUAAAAUUCUUCCAAUUUCGGUUUUUGGGUAAAAUGGAAGACACAAAAGGAUAGAAUGAUGAGCGAUACCGCUAUUGAUAGCGUUCUCUUUUAA